AGACAGCAUGGCGUACAGUGCGAAGAUCGGUCCGUCCAUCCUGAGCAGCGACCUGUCCUGUCUGGGCAGCCAGUGCCUGCGGAUGAUGGAGUGCGGAGCGGACUUCCUGCACCUGGACGUCAUGGACGGGCACUUUGUCCCUAAUAUCACAUUUGGUCAUCCCAUGGUGGAGAGCCUGAGGAAGUCAAGCGUUCAGGAAGCCUUCUUUGACAUGCACAUGAUGGUGUCCCGGCCGGAGCAGUGGGUGAAGCCCAUGGCUGCAGCAGGAGCCAACCAGUACACUUUCCACUUGGAGGCCACGAGCAACGCUGGAAACCUCAUCAAGGAGAUAAGAGAGAGCGGCAUGAAGGUGGGUGUGGCCAUAAAACCUGGCACAGCGGUGGAGGAACUGGCCCCCUGGGCAAACCAAAUCGACAUGGCACUGGUCAUGACUGUUGAACCUGGCUUUGGAGGUCAGAAGUUCAUGGAGGACAUGAUGCCCAAGGUGAGCUGGCUGCGGAGUCAGUUCCCUUCGUUGGACAUUGAAGUUGAUGGAGGAGUCGGCCCUGACACCAUUCACAAGUGUGCAGAGGCAGGGGCCAACAUGAUUGUGUCAGGCAGCGCUGUGAUUGGAAACGAGGACCCGCGCUCUGUCAUCGCUCUCCUUCGCACGGUGGUGGCCGAGGCGAUUCAGAAACGCUCGCUGGACCGCUGAGCUGUGUCCCUGUGUCCUCUGGAGAUCCCCCAUGGUGACACUCCACCCAAUCCAAGCCACUCACCACAACCAGCCAGAGGAACAGACUCAUUACGGACAUUUCU